UUCCCCUACAGCCCCGAGCCAGGAGCAGCUCUCUGUACCGGAGAGGCACAGAGCACUCGAGCUAUUUCAGCCACAUGAAAAGCAUCAGAAUUGAGAUCGCAGCUCAGAGGACACCGGGAGUCCCUUCCACCCUCCAAGGAGCUUUGUAUUCUUGCACCUGGCUGCCUGGGACUUUCCUUAGGCAGUAAACAAAUACAGAAAGCAGGGCUAAGACUGCCUGAAUAUGUCGAAACAGCCAGUUUCCAAUGUCAGAGCCAUCCAGGCAAAUAUCAAUAUUCCAAUGGGAGCCUUUCGGCCAGGAGCUGGGCAACCCCCCAGAAGAAAAGAAUGUACUCCUGAAACCGAGGAGGGAGCUCCUCCCACCUUGGAUGAGGAGAAGAAGCCAAUUCCAGGAGCAAAGAAACUUCCAGGACCUGCGGUCAACCUAUCGGAGAUCCAGAAUAUUAAAAGUGAACUGAAAUAUGUCCCCAAAGCUGAACAAUAGUUGGCAGAAAAAAAGGCAUGAUGUGAAGAAUUAAAGACGAAGAGAGUGGAUUCAAAUGAAUAUAGCUCAAUAAAAUUUUUUCUAUA